AUGGCGGCUGAAGCGGACAAUGGGAGCACUCUGGCUGAGGUUGCCCCAAAUGACACUAGUCUCAUUGGGAGCUACACAAAAGGAGGGCGAGAGAGGGUGCAACGACGUGCAGCAAUUUCUGCUGGCCAUAAUUGGAAGCAACAAGAGCAGCUUUUGAAGGAUACCAAGCUUGCAGGAAAGCGUCGCGCGCCUUCCAACGCGGCUUCAAAACCUUCAAAAAGUCAAAAGGCCGCUGCUACAGAGUCUCCAUGUGGAAGUGGUCCAAUAUCACAUGAAGGCCUUCCUAACGGAGCUUCGAGCGGAUCCCCAAGCUCAAAAGCAAGGGCGCUCAAAGGCAAGAAGAGAGCAGAACCGACUGGCAAAAAUGUCUCCACCCGAGGCAUGGACGAAGCAGAGGCCAUUGCAACGGUGAAACAACGUAUUGUGAAGUUUGGCAACCUCUAUCUGGGCGCGGUGAAGUCGGAGGAAAUGCGCGUUGGAAAGCGCCUUGCCAACAUCAAGACAGAAGGGCAAGAGAAGAAGCCCUCCAAACGGCCAGACCUUGUUGCACAGAGUCAGAUGAGGGAUGGAAAGUUGUGCAUCAAUGUUGAACAACAACUUGGGCACAUAAAUGGUAUUCCUUGCGGCAUGAUGUUCUAUGGACGCGCGGAGAUGUAUGUUGUCGGCCUCCACAAGCAUUGGUUAGCGGGCAUCUGCUACAUAACGUCAAAGGAUACGGAGGACGGCAAGCCACUAGCAACCUCGAUAGUUGCAUCGGGCAACUAUGAGGAUGAUGAAGACAAUGGUGACACCCUAGUCUACACAGGGCAAGGAGCAAACAAUCUUUUGGGUGACCGCAAGCAGAUUGGUGACCAGAAGCUGGUGGCCGGAAACUUGGCCCUCUUUCACUCUUACGAGAAGGGGACGCCGGUGCGCGUCAUCCGGGGGCACAAGAACGUUGAGAGCUACACCAAGAAAGUCUACACGUACGACGGCAUCUACAAGGUCGUCGCCUGGCGGCCUGAACAAGGCGAGUCCAAGCACAUCGUCUACAAGUUCACGUUGAACAGACUUCCAGACCAACCUCCCUUGGCCACAGAGCGGGUAUUUUUCUCCAAAGCGGACCAGCUGAAGAAGAUGACACCAAGUGGCCGGAAGAUGAGGAUCCUGUGCGCAGACAUCUCAGGCGGCCAGGAGAACUUCCCGGUGCCCGUCGUCUGUGACCCCGAAGACGAAGACGACGAUGCGCUGCCACCACCGUUCAAGUACAUCACGAAGAGCAUCAAGCCGGCGGACCACGUGGAGCCCCCCCCGCCCAAGGGCUGCGACUGCAAGGGCGGCUGCAGCUAUGCGCGCGGUCACAAGUGCGCCUGCGCCAAGAAGAACGGCGGGGAGUUCCCCUACGUCGACGACGGCAGGCUCGCACAGAGUGCAUCGGCCGUGUUCGAGUGCAACCCGCAGUGCGCGUGCUACGCCACGUGCAUGAACCGGGUCAGCCAGAGGGGGCUGUCGCAGAAACUGGAGGUAUUCCGCACCUCCAACAAGGGCUGGGGCCUGCGCUCCUGGAACCACAUCGCCCAGGGCACCGUGGUGUGCGAGUACGUGGGGGAGCAGCUGCGCGACAGCGAGGUGGGCAACCGGGACGACAUGUACCUCUUCAACCUCGACACCGCCAAGACCUCGCUCGAGGUUCGCCACGAUCGGGCCAAGAAGCUUAACCUGGUGGACGAGACCAACAAGGAGCACUUCGAGGACGUGGAGUGGUGCCUGGACGCCGCCAAGUUCGGCAACAUUACGCGCUUCAUCAACCACUCGUGCGACCCCAACCUCUUCGUCCAGAGCGUGUUCGUGGAGCACCAUGACGUCAGGGAGCCGCGCCUCUUCCUGGUGGCCAUGCAGAACAUCAAGCCGCUCGAGGAACUGAGCUACGACUACGGCUACCAGAAGAACAGCGUCAUGAAGCCGGACGGCUCAAUCAAGAAGGCAACCUGCCAUUGUGGAGCAAUCAGCUGCACCGGGCGGCUCUACUAAAGCGGCCCUACUUUCACUUGAGGGCGGUGGCUUGCUGGAAGUCAAAUAGGUUGUGUUGGCGGUUGGUGUAUUGCCGUUGCCUGUCCAGAAUGACCUCCUGGAUUGCAAAUGACAGACGAGAGAUUGCUUGCUUGCCAGGUCUCUGCGUCUAGAAAGUCACCGUAGGAUUUAGAAAAGGUUCACUGGAGAAAAGGUUCACUUGGGCGCAGAGAACCGUGGAUGCAUUUGCGCCGAGCCGUGGCAGGAUCACGCGGAGCGCGAUCCCAUGCCGUUUCCCUUGACAGCAAGCGUUGUCGUUGGUGUUGCCGUACUCAAAUUUUCGUUUACGUGUUUCACAAGUCACGUUGAUCCAGUCGUAUCCACCACUUGAAUCCACGUUCAAUAAGUGAGUGCCUUUCUAACAGAUGCAGCGACACUACCCUAGUACCUACUGUGGCUCGCUAGAUCUUAUGCAACAGGAG